GCGUUAUGUGGAUUAUGCCAAAUUGAUUGUGCAAGUUGAUUUAGGGCAGAACAAAGGCGCGUGUGCGCACGAACAGUCGUCGAGAGGUCGAUGUGGAAGUUUUAUCAAAACUAAGAAAAAUAAGUUUUAUGCGUGGGACACAUUUAUUAGUUUAAGUAAUUGUUUUAACAGUUUUAAAAAAAUGUCUGUCAAAGAAUCACAGCGUCGUAAUGUUGAGGAGAAAGGACCUCAAAUUUCACCAUCAACAAAAAUGGCAAAUGGAUACAUUUUGCCAGAAGGAAAAGUCACACCGAAUACAAUUUUUGUUGGUGGAAUUGAUAUGAAGGUGGAUGAAAGUGAAAUCGGUGAUUUCUUUGCAAGAUAUGGGGCAGUGAAGGAAGUUAAAAUAAUCACUUACAGAGGAGGUAUAUGCAAAGGGUACGGGUUUGUCUCAUUUGAAGAGGAUGUGGAUAUUCAAACCAUUGUUGAACAACAGGUCAGUUUUAAAGGCAGAAAGUUGAAACUUGGACCAGCAAUAAUGAAAGAACGAAGUCUAUGUUCUAUUCAGAGUCAUAUUGGACCUACACAAUGGAUGACGGCUCCUUCGCAACAGGUGUAUUGUGUGUGUUGCAGCCAAAUUAUGGAAAAUGUUAUGCAGCCUUCUCCUGUUAUGAGCCCAGGAAACCAAUAUGUUCAGCCAUAUACUUACCCAGGUUUCCCACCAGUUGUAAUGCCACAGAUGCCUAUGGGCUAUUCUCAGAAUGCUUAUGCAUAUCAGCAUGCUGCCCCACAUUGGCCUGCAGGAGUACAUAGGACGAGACUGGUGAACCAGAAUUCCGUCGACUGUGGUGUGCAGACACUGCUGACCCUGUUAUGAUAGGCUCUACACAAGGGCCUCUUUCCCAAGGAGAAAUGGCGAUACUGCGCUGAGAUGGGCAUCUUUUUAAGAACCAGCUGAAACUUGAGUUGUAUCCAUUGCUCAAGGGAUGACAAUUUUAAAGGUCAUGAGGACAUGUACUGCAGACUCCUUUUAUUGAAUUGUUCAAGAUGCACUCUAACAUUUUAGUAUUUUCAUAUCAUUCCCUCUAAAGCAGCUGCUUGGUAAACUGUUACUCCAUAAUAUUUUAGUUCAGUUUAAAUUCUCUUGUGUAUAUAUAUGUAUUGCUUUAUUUAUUUAAACAGCAUGGCUGCUGAUGUGGCUUUUGUUUGUGUCCCUGCAUCUUGUAUGAAUGUGUGUUAUAAUUCAUAGAUUCUAUACUGUAAUUUGAAAUGCUUUAUUAAAUAUGUAUACAUAUAGCUAUUCCUGUAUGUUUGCUAGAGAAAUGUACGUAGUUUUAGUAGAAUAUCAGUUGACAGGCCAGAUUCUUAAACCGGAAGGAAAUGUAAACUGAUUUUCAUUGUUUCCUUUCUUUAGUUAUAUGUAAACCCAUACAAAAAUAUUCCACCCAUGGAUGCACAUGUUCUAACCCAGAAUUAUGCUGUGCAUCAUAAAACUUCCAAGUGGACAAUGAGGAGCCUUAAACUCAACAGAAGCUCUGUUCUAUCAUGGGGAAAUUGUAUUUAAAUUAUUUCGGUACUAUGCAAGGCUUUGUUUGUUAUUUCUGUUUUAUUCUUUUAAUUGUGUACGGAGUAAUUAUUGUGUUUUCACUAUCUUGUUUAUUGUGCAUCACUGGGUUAGAUUGAUUUGCAAUCUAGCAAUUUUUGUUUUGUUCUUUUGAAGUUUGGUAAUUGUUGCUGUUUUUUUUUUUUAUUAGUAAUAUGGUUAGAAAGUGUUACACUUUUAGUAAUCACUUAAAUUUUAAAAAUAUAUCUUCACUAUAGAAGGUUUUUGUGUAGUGUAUCUAGUCUGUUGAGGGGGGGGGGGAAGCAUUGCAUCCAGGAGAUUAUGAGCCAUGUACCCAAGACUAAUCAUAGCAUCAAAAUUCACAGCAUGGAACACAUUUCAGUGGUUGAUUGUUUUGCUAUUAGGUGACACAAGCUAGGCCUUGUAUAGUUCUAGUAUUAAUGAAGGUAAUUACUCAUGGAUAGUAAUCUCGAUCUGGGGGCAUUAAAAUUACUGCUCACAACUUGCUGUGAGUUUUGCUUUAAAUGUUCUGUUUGACUUAUUAUUGGUUUGCUGUGAGAUAUUGGAUCCCAGGUGGCUUAUACAAAUGUAAAACUAGCAUUGUAAAACCAAGUAUCUCUUUCUUGGUUUUCUGCCGAGUAAGUUUUCUUCCAACUACAAGAUGGUUUUGUUCUCUAGCCACAAAUAUUGUGAUUGACUGUUGGUGGUUACUGAUAAAAAGCAUUUGUACAAAUCACUGUAAUGUUAAGUUAAUUUUUGUUCUGUAUUUUGAUCUGUUUCACUAAAGGCUGCUUGCCGUGUGUGUGUGACCUAAAGUUUAAAAAUAAAGAGUUUAAAUUA